CACACGAGCGCACACGCUAUAAAAGCCAGUAACCGCCUCCGUGCUGGUGGAGUCAUGACGGAGAGCGGCGGGGCUCUGGAGCGCCUGAGGAGGUGUUGCUUCCCCUGCCGUAGACCUCACUGUCAGUUCUGGCCUCCUUGUUGCACUGGAGACAAAGUCAUGACUGCCUUCAAGGGCAUCUGGACUCAGGAGUUCUGGCGCUGUGUGGGGGCCGAGUUCUUCGCCAUGCUCCUCUUCGUCCUGCUCAGCCUUGGUUCCACCAUCAACUGGGGGGCUGUUGAGGAGGAUCCCCCUCCCCGUGAUCUGGUGCUCAUCUCGCUCUGCUUUGGCCUGAGUAUUGCCACAAUGGUGCAGUGCUUUGGCCACAUCAGUGGUGCUCAUAUCAACCCAGCAGUCACGGCAGCCAUGGUGGUGACCAGGAAGCUCAGUCUGGCCAAAGCAGUCUUUUACCUGUUGGCCCAGUGUGUAGGUGCCAUAGUGGGAGCCGCCAUUCUGUUCGGGAUCACCCCCGCCUCUGUGAGGGGGGGUAUGGGGGUCACCAUGGUGAACACGAGCAUCUCAGUGGGAAACGCGCUGGUUGUAGAACUUUUCAUCACCUUCCAGCUGGUCUUCACUGUGUUCGCUACCUGUGACCACAAACGUAGUGAUCUAAAGGGUUCAUCUGCUCUGGCCAUCGGUCUGUCUGUUUGUAUUGGCCACCUGUUUGCUAUUCCCUACACUGGAGCCAGUAUGAACCCGGCCCGAUCCUUCGGCCCAGCCAUGAUCACAUGGUGCUGGGAGAACCACUGGGUGUACUGGGUAGGUCCAACACUGGGUGGGGCUCUGGCUGCUGCUCUUUAUGAAUACCUGUUCUGUCCAAACCCAGAGCUGAAGAAACGCUACUCGGAGGCCUUCAUCAAGACACCUUUCACUGCAACUAAACACCGGCAGGAUUCAGUCACUGCUCAGGAACCUCUUUUCACUGUCAUGGACGUGGAGAGAGCUGAGAGGAAGGAAAGAGAGAGAGAGAGGGAGGUAUCAGAGGAGGUGUUGUCCUCUGUGUGACUAGAGAGAGACCGAUGUUCAGACUGCUGAUCAACAGUCCAUUCUGAAGGAGACGGACUUCCUGUAGACUGGCACAGCAAACACUGACGAAUGAUGGAAGGAAGAAGGAAAAGAAAUGCAAAUGUAUUUAAUGUGUAACAAGACUAACAGAAAUAUUUGGGGUCCUUCUUGUGUUUGUCCUUAUUUGGUAAAGGGCAGCACCAAGGUUUUGUGCCAUUAAA